AUGUACCCGGUGCUGAGGAGUCUCGCUCUUCAGCUGCACUCUGCCGUCACUGGCAGCUACGUCUCUGGGGCCCACUCCAUUGCCUUCAUCAACUGUCUCAACGAGCAGAUUGCCAAGGAUAUUGCAAGGGCCAUCCUGGAUAAGAAGCUGGCUGCCUACGUGAACAUCCUGCCGAAGAGCUUGGCCUUGUAUUUCUGGAAAGGGGAACUGGAAGAAUCCACAGAAAUACUGCUGUUAGUGAAAACAAGGACAUCCAAAAUAGGUGAAUUGUCCAACUACGUCAGAUCCAUCCAUCCCUUUGAAAUUCCUGAAAUCAUCAGCCUGCCUAUUGACCAAGGAAACCCUCUCUACCUCAAAUGGAUAGAGGAAAGCGUCCCACAGGACUAA